AUGUCGUCGCCAUCGUGCUGUAAAAAAGGACCAGGUUAUGCUAGUCCACUUGAGGCUAUGCAAAAUGGUCCACGGGAAAAAUUAUUAUAUGUUGCAAUGAUUCCAUGCCAAGAAGAUCAACCGAACUAUAUAGCAACAAUUGAUGUCGAUCCGAAUUCUUCGAAUUAUCAACAAGUUAUUAGUCGGUUGUAUGUACCAAACAUAAACGAUGAAUUCCAUCAUUUUGGUUGGAAUGCUUGCUCAUCGUGCCAUGAUGAUUGUAAUAAGCAGCGACGAUUUAUUGUAUUAGGUGGUUUUAAAUCAUCAAGAAUCUAUAUUAUCGAUACAGCGGAUGAGACUCAACCUACUUUAUAUAAAACUAUUGAGAGUGAUGAAUUGAAAAAGUUAGAUUUAAGUGCUCCACAUACAGUUCAUUGUUUAGGUAGUGGUGAAAUAAUGAUUUCAUGUUUGGGAAAUGCUAAAGGUGAAUUACCAGGUGGUUUUCUUUUACUCAAUCAAAAUUUUGAGGUCACUGGCCGAUGGGCGGAUGAAGCUAAUCCAUCAGCAGUUCAAUUUUAUUAUGAUUUUUGGUAUAAACCACGCCAUAAUAUAAUGGUUAGCAGCGAAUGGGCAGCUCCAAAUGUUUUCAGCAAAGGUUUUAAUCCAAAUGAUGUUGCUCUCAAUAAAUACGGUCAUUCGUUACAUUUUUGGGAUUGGUCAAAACGUAAAUAUUUAAAAUCGAUCGAUCUCGGUUCAGAUGGGGCAAUUCCACUUGAACUACGUUUUUGUCAUAAUCCAGCAACUCCAUAUGGUUAUGUUGUAUGUGCAUUGGGUAGUUCAGUAUUUCGAUAUUUUCCCGACGCUUCAAAUGAGUGGCAAGUCGAAAAAACUAUUCAAGUUGAAGCAUUAACUGGUAAAGAUGGUCAACCAGUGCCGGCUAUUAUUUCCGAUAUGCUUAUUUCACUUAAUGAUAAAUUCAUUUACUUUUGUAAUUGGCUUCAUGGUGAUAUUCGUCAAUAUGAUAUCAGUGAUCCUUCAAAACCUAAAUUAACUGGACAAAUUUGGCUUGGUGGUUUAAUUAAAACGGAGAAUGAUUUUGAAGAUAGUCGUUCAUUUACUGGCGGACCUCAAAUGAUUCAAUUAUCACUUGAUGGUAAACGUUUAUACGUUACGAAUUCUCUUUAUUCAUCUUGGGACGAUCAAUUCUAUCCGACUAUAAAAACUGACGGAUCCUAUUUGGUUAAAAUUGAUUGUGACAGUGAAAAUGGUGGAAUGAAACUUGAUCAAAAGUUUUAUAUUUCCUUUAAAAAUGAACCCAAUGGACCUUCACGUGCUCAUGAAAUGCGCUAUCCAGGUGGAGAUGCAACUUCGGAUAUAUGGGAUUAG